UGGGCUUCCUCAAUUACAAGGUUUGAGAGACAAAUUGCAGAUACUAGAAUAUGUAGUGGAUCUUACCAACAUGGUGCAAUCUGCAAAAAAAAAUUCAAGUUUAGGUGAUAAGUGGUACCAAAUUGUAGUGGCACAUAAAAUCAAAGGCUGAAAAGUAUAUUGGGAAACGGGAAAGGGAACCGAACCAUUGGUGAAGCCAUUUGAAGGUGAAUCUCAUCGGUUGCAUAAGAAAAUAUGUGAGGCAGCAAUGAAGAUCAGGAAGGCAGCGAAAGAAAACAAGUGGAGAUAGCUUUUUAUAUUUGAAUCUACUUAGCGGCGAAGGAAAGCAGUGAAAUUAAGAAACGGUUUUCCUAACCAUGGAGAAUAACUUUUUUCCUCUUUAUGAGGUGUCGUCGAAACUUCACAAAAUUGCCAUGCAGGAAUUGUCGUCGAAACUUCACCAAAUUGCCAUUGACGAUGGAAUUGACUUCGAAGUCGACGGAGGAGGUGUCGUCGAAACUUCACAAAAUUGCCAUGCAGGAAUUGUCGUCGAAACUUCACCAAAUUGCCAUUGACGGUGGAAUUGACUUCGAAGUCGACGGAGGAGGUAUCGUCGAAACUUCACAAAAUUGCCAUGCAGGAAUUGUCGUCGAAACUUCACCAAAUUGCCAUUGACGAUGGACUUGACUAGAAGUCAAUGCAGGAGGGAGGUGUCGUCGAAACUUCACCAAAUUGGAAGCAAGGGACGAAGAUGACUUUGGUCAUGACAGGGGCAAAAUAGUCCUAGCAACAGAAAAUUUUAACUUCUUUGUAGCUUUAUCAUUUUCCUGUAUCAAAAACAACUGGGUCCGCAGUUGGCCUCACUGCAUUAUUGCCUUUGCCAAUAAUUCAACACAUACCAU